CGGUGGAGUCCGUGGUCCAGUGUGAGAUCGACGAGGAUGUCAUCCAGGUGUCGAAGAAGUUCCUGCCUGGCAUGGCUGUCGGCUACUCCAGCUCAAAGCUGACACUCCAUGUGGGCGACGGCUUUGAGUUCAUGAAGCAGAACCAGGACGCCUUUGAUGUCAUCAUCACAGACUCCUCAGACCCCAUGGGCCCUGCCGAAAGCCUCUUCAAGGAAUCCUAUUACCAGCUCAUGAAGACGGCCCUCAAGGAAGACGGCAUCCUCUGCUGCCAGGGCGAGUGCCAGUGGCUGCAUCUGGACCUCAUCAAGGAGAUGCGGCAGUUCUGCAGGUCGCUCUUCCCGGUGGUGGGCUACGCCUACUGCACCAUCCCCACCUAUCCCAGCGGCCAGAUCGGCUUCAUGCUGUGCAGCAAGAACCCGAGCACCAACUUCCGGGAGCCGGUGCAGCCGCUGACGCCGACGCAGGUGGAGCAGAGGAGGCUCAAGUACUACAACGCGGACGUGCACCGUGCGGCCUUCGUGCUGCCCGAGUUCGCCCGCAAGGCCCUGAACGACGUGAGCUGAGCCCAGGUACCGCCAGGACCUCGGACCAGGGAGCUAGGACCGCCAGGCCUGGCCAGGCCUCCCCGGCCCGCCCACCACCAAGUGUUAC